CAUUGCAUGCAAAAUAUACAUUUUAUCACAAUUACCACCAACACAAUUAUUGUAAUCGUGAAAAAGUUAUAUAUCAGUUUUAAUGUAACACUUGCAAUGAAUGGCAGUAGCUAAUAAAUCACCAUGAUUUUACUGUAAAAAAAUAAAUAAAAUAAAAAUGAUUGAUUCUAUUCAUUCAACUUCUCACAAUAAUUUUUUCAUCAAUAAAUAAAUGCGAAUUUUGGUGAAAGUGCAAAAAAAAAAAAAAAAAAAAAAAAAUGGUGACAUAACUUGCAUUAAUUUUUAAACGUUUUUUUUUUGGAUAUUAGAUUUAUUUGAUAGCAUGUGUGAAUCUCACCAGAAGCGUGUGAAUUUCACUUCGCUCAGUUGUCGACAUCUGCUGUCAGGAGCUUCACGAGCACCUCCACCACCAUCAUCAUCAUCAUCCUCCCCACCCCUCAACCUCUCCCUGCGGGAACGGCAAUAUCCAGCUCUUAACAUUCCCAAUUUGGAAUUGCAAAUCAUCGCCAAAAGGAGCCAAUUUGAGCGGCAUAAACCACAUUCUUUCUUAAAUGGCGUCAGAAACGCGUCUCACACGCGCGUUAUCGUACAGGAGGUAUGGCGGCUAAUCAGACGCUCUGUGAAUCUGUAUCAGUCAGGUUUUCAAUGCAUGUGCUUAAUGUUAUUGUACUACGAUCAUUUAAGCAUAUCUAAACAUACUGCUGAUCUUUAUUUGUCAUUCGAAAGAUGCACACGCGCGCAUAAAUUGCCUAAUCAAAUCGCAGGUGUUGUUGCAAAUGGGAGUAAGCGAUGAAAUUCAAUUUCAAAAUGCAUGACGGAAUGGACAGGCUGAUUUGAAAGCGCUGGGUGCAUUGGUGUGCGUUUGUAAUUACUGGAUGCUGAACAGUCUGGGGAGAGUUUGAGGUGGUCCACACCCCGUCAUUGUUCCAGCCAUGUCCCCUCCAGCAUCCGCUGCGACAGCCAGUGAGAGCAGCACCACCACCACUGUGUUCGAGGACGACACGGAGGGAACUAGAGAGGAGCAGAGGCCCGUGAAACAGUCACUGAGCAAGUCCAUGUGCAGAGAGGUGUUCUGGAAAUGCCUGCUGCUGUCCAUGCUCAUGUACGGCUGCAUGGGAGCCAUGGUGUGGUGUCAUGUCACCAAGGUCACCCGGUUGACCUUUGACAGUGCCUACAAAGGGAAGUCCAUGAUGUAUCAUGACAGUCCCUGCUCAGACGGCUACAUCUACAUCCCACUGGCCUUCCUCAUCAUGCUUUAUGUUGUUUACCUGGUGGAGUGCUGGCACUGCCAUGCCAGAAAUGAGCUUCAGUACAAGGUGCACGUGGAGGGAAUUUACGAAAGGGUCCAGAGGAUGCAGCAGGCCAAGCCUUGCAUCUGGUGGAAGGCCAUCAGCUACCACUACGUGCGGCGGACGCGGCAAGUCACGCGGUACCGCAACGGAGAUGCGUACACCACCACGCAGGUGUAUCACGAGAGGGUGAACACCCAUGUAGCCGAGGCAGAGUUCGACUACGGCCACUGUGGAGUUAAGGACGUCUCCAAGCAGCUAGUAGGUUUGGAAAAGUCAGCCAUCACCAAACUGAGGUUCACUAAGUGCUUUAGCUUCGCCAACGUGGAGUCUGAAAACUCCUAUUUGACCCAACGGGCAAGGUUCUUCACCGACAAUGAAGGACUGGAUGAUUACAUGGAGGCCCGGGAGGGGAUGCACCUGAAAAAUGUAGACUUCAAAGAGUACAUGAUUGCCUUCUCAAACCCAGACCACCAUCCCUGGUACGUCUCCAAUUAUGUCUUCUGGACAGCGGCCUUUCUUACCUUAUCCUGGCCGUUACGGGUGCUGACGGAGUACCGCACGGCUUACGUCCAUUACCGUGUGGAAAAGCUCUUUGGUGCAGACUACAUACCUGUGACGCCCUGUGACGAGAGACCUUACUGUAGACGCAUCCCGAGAGUCAACACCAUCGACAGCACCGAACUGGAGUGGCACAUUCGCUCCAACCAGCAGCUGGUGCCCAGCUACUCCGAAGCGGGUUUGAUGGACCUGGCACAACGCUCAGGAGGCGUCAGGCAGAACUGCGAACGCUGCCACCGCGCCAUCAGCAGCUCCUCCGUAUUCUCCCGCAGUGCCCUCAGCAUCUGCAACGGGAGUCCUCGCAUCCCCUUCAGCGGGAGUCGCUUCUCCUUGGGAAGACUGUACGGUUCUCGCCGAAGCUGCUUCUGGAGAAGCGGGAGCGGCAGUCUGGACGAACCCGAGAGCCCCAGCGAGAACACGCGAUGCCUGUCCGGACGAAUCAACGCUGAUGAGGAAGACCCACCGCCCUACCAGGAUGCGCUGUACUUCCCGGUGCUUAUCGUCCACUGUAGUGAGAGCUGCCCCAAUCACCGCUCCUUCCAUAGGAAUGGCUCAUGCGUGGAAACGUCAUUAUGAUGGACCUCUUUACCUACCUGACCACUGAAAGAAGUGGAAGAACAUAAAAACGUGAGACUUGAGAGCCUUUUGAACAAUCCUCAAUAUUCGACAUGUCCUGUUACUCAGGAAUCAUUUAUUGGAAUAUUUAUUGGCCCACAACACUGUAUGCUUACAACGACGGACGGAGCAAUUCCUAUACAACUCCAAUAAUACACAUUUAUAGCAAUAAUGAAAACAAAGAAUUUGUUUAAAUUUAAAUCAACUUGCUAUCUAGGAGAGGAAAAACGGGCUGUUUUUGUUUAUAUGUUCUUGACUGCUAUAAAGAACAAUUGCCACAUCUACAAAGCAAAAACCUGGUCCUUUUUCUACAAGUAUGACCAACUUUUCACCUUUAUGGACCUUCUUAAAUGUUGCACUUGAAGUUACAUCAGUUAAUUCAUCUGUAAAAGAAUGUUAAUUUGUUUCUCUCACAUAGUGGAUUCCACUGGACCAUGAAAUGAAUGGUUUACAUUCGUAUAUGAACACUCCUUAUGUAUACGAGAAAAAUGUCAUGGGUUAUUUGUACUUUUAUUGUGAUUUAACUGCAUUAGGUGGAACAAUAUACAGUAAGGUUAUGAACUAUUAUGGCGAUGUUCGCAACACUGCGUAUCUCAAAACCACUUAGGAAACCAUGAGACACAUUUCAGGCUAUGCAACUAUUAACCUCUGGUAUGUUAUGCCUUUAAAACGUAUAUACAAUUUACAAUGGAAUGUAUGACUGUUGAAGCUUUUCUUUACAUCGCUUGUAUGUAGUGUACCAACUAUCCAACAAGGACUGAAUUAUUUAGUGAAGGCAGACAUGAACAGGCUUGACUAUUAGUGAAUGUUUUAGGGGUUUAAUAGCUGGCAACUUCUCUUUUAUUUGGCCGGAAAUUGCAGUGGAUCAGAGCAAAUGCAACAGAUCAAGUAAACAUACAGUCUAAGAGAGGGAAAAUACAUUUCUUUAUGCAGCUGUACAUUUAUUUAUUGGUUAACAGCCAUUUGAUAAUCAAUACUGUGUAUAAUAUUAUCUCAACUCUUUUGCAUUAUCCUUAACAAAGGUGCAGCUUCGUGAAAGCUCCAUUCAUCAACAACAAAGUAUUGAUCCUCAAAAAAGGCCUAGAGCUUUCCAAAGACAUUUUUCUUUUAUCUCUUUCAUGCAGUUGAUCCAUAUACAGCCUGUAUAUCUCUUAUCUGUUACCUGUUGUGUCUAAAGGUUGCAAAAGCAUUUGUCAGUAUUGCAUCCUAUCACUUUUAUACUGGUUAUAGAUAAUGUAUUCCAUCAUAUCACGAAAAACUAAAAUGCUGCCUUCAUGUAGCACUCAUUAAACAUGAACAUUGUUACGUUAAAUGGACAUAAACUCACUGAAUAAACUGCUUGUGGAUACACAUAAAUGAGUAAACACUGUGUGUAAAUGUGACUUGCCAGAAAAGAAGAACCAAAGUUCAAAUACAAAAAAUACGGAGCCCCACAUAUGACGUUACGUUUCCUCGAUUUACUAAAUCGUGCACACGAUUUACUAUUUCGUUCCCUCAAUUUAGCUUACUAUUUGUCCUGUAUGUCAUGUGUGGGUUCUGUAAAAAAUACAAAACAAAAAUAACUUUAUCUAUAGGCCUACACUUAGGUCUUACUUUGAUCAGGAUCAAUGUUUUAAAGAAACAAACCAACACCACAGAACAUCCCAGAAUUCAUUAUAAUACUUAUCAAUUGAUAAAAUUUACUAAUGUUUGUUGUUGAUUUCACACCAAAUGAUUUCACUUCUGAAGGAAUAAAGUGAAAAAAGCAAUUUGCAGGUUAUUGUCCAGUGUGAAGUUAUGAGAACACACCUCUAGAUGGCAGUGAAGAAUGUGUCACAUAAAAUAUCAUCAUGAAUAAUUCUACUGUAUAAACAUGACUUCAUGUUCUCUAAAUGCAGAAAUAGUAGAAUAGUAAUACAUAAUAAUAACCAGUUGUUUCAGAUGGCUCUACUCACAGAAUGCGGAAGAUUAGAGCUUCUGUUUGAACAGUAAAUUUGUUUGCCAAGUUCAUGUUUGGCUCUUUUCCUGUUUAAUUUGGAUAAAAUUUAAACAGCAAGAAUAACUGGUUUUGGAUGACUCUACAAGGAAAGACUGGAGAAAAGCAAAACUAGAGGUACUGAAAUUUCUGUUUGGACAGAUGGUUCAGUCAUAGUGAUCUCAAAUGGCCUUGUAAACAAUUGAUCAACAAUGACAAAGUCUAAUGCUUUUGUUAUCAAUCAUGUCCCACCCUGAGUACAUACACAGAGACAAGGGAGAGUCUGCUACUGUCAAACAAAAUGCAGGUAUCAUUUACAGAGUCUGUCAGGAUGAAGGAAGUGAACGAAUCCAAAGGUUCAUUUACCUCUUUUUCUGACCUUAAUGCAUUUGCUUUCAAAAACAUUGCAUCCAUAAUGAAACAACUCACAAACGUCCAAAAAUUACACUAUUUUCAUGUCAAUUACAAAUAUUCCCCACACUGGAUUGUCAUAACCCUAAACCAUUGUAUAUUAUUUAACUUGCUAGGUAUUUUGUACAUCAACACACAUAAAAGCAAAAGUAAAACAUCAGGGUUUAUUACUAGAAUUAUGACACUGGACAUGAAAUUUAUGAGAUAUUUAUGAAAAUAUGACAACACAUUUAUGUUUUAUUUCAUACGAGUGUAUAGGCUGCUAACCGAAAGAUUCAAAUUCUGCUCAAAUGAGUCAUUCAUGAACUAUUACCACCAAGAGGACCAAAGUAUAACCAUGCUUUUGUACCAUGGUAUUCUUUAAGUACCUUGGUGUAUGCUAUCAUGUAAAUACUAUGGUAAGUGAAAUGGUACAACCACAGGGUCAAAUAGAUGCCCUGUAAUGAGAACAUUGUAAACUAAACCUUCAGUGGAAAGUUAGUUAACUGGUGGUCAAGUCAUCUACUUUAAAAUACUAAGCCUUUAGUUUGAAUUUACUCAAUUUGACUUCUGCUCGCCACAGGAUCAGUUCAGAAAAGUUACACUUCUAUAAGCAUAUUUCUUAUAUAUAUAGUAACGAUUCAUAAGUUUCUACUUAAUUAGUUUAUGUGGUGGAAACGUGUCAUUACAUAUUAUAUAUAAAUGCUAUAUUUGAAUAUAUAGUGAAUCUGAAAGUUUAGUCUUGCUGAAUAGUUGACUAGUUACCCACCUUUUUGGCCUCGUGUGCCACUGCCAACUACUUGUUUAUCCCCUUGACGAUGACUCACAAUUAACUUAUUCCACUAUGACGAAGGUCGAGCUAAUGAAUAUUAGAUCGAACUGACGUUGUAUGAUUUGUUGAGAGAACGGUCACGUUUUCUAAUUAAUAUUAAUAAGUCAAGCCUUCAUCGUAGUCGGAUUUGUUCAUUGGCCAGCAGUCUAGCGCGCGCUUACUAACAUCUGACGCUCAGCAAAUCAGCGAGCGAGGCCUAU